UCCUUGAUCGAUAUGUUAGAUUGGAGUAGAUCCACUUAUUCUUUAACAAUUUUAAUUUAAUUGUUACCGUGCAUAGAUUAGAUCCUCUCGUUUUUUUUUCUCUGAUAACUUUUAAAUUUUUUGAUCUCCUCUGGAGGAACUCGGCUGCCGGAUUUCGAUUUGUUGUAAUGUUUGACGCCCAAUCUUUGUUUUCAUAAUUCUUUUUCCAAGACGGAGAUCUGUCUAUUGGAUUCAUCCGACGCUCUUGGACAUAUGAAUACGUGAAGAACUCUCGGAUGUUAGGUUCUUGUAGUUUGAAAAUUUCUAUUUUUUUGGCGAGAUUGAUUGCUUUUUAUGAUGAAUUCGUGGAUCCGGAUUUUGUUAUAACCUAUUAGGAUCCUCAAGGUUUCAUCAAUAUUUCGAAACUCUGAUCUCGGAUUUUUUGCUUUUAUUGGACAUUGGGAAUGAAUGUGGACCUCCCUGUGGUAAUGUUUGGGUUAUUGAAUCUUCUAAAAUUCCAGUGAAGCUUUCUGAAUAGGAGAUGGCAGGAAAGAAAAAUGCUUGGUCUAAAUUGCUUCUGGAUCUUACAUGUUUUGCAUUGGCUGCUGUAUGUACAAGUAGGCAGCUUUGGAGUUUAUAAAAUGGAAUCAAUUCUAGAAGGCUAGUGCUUCCCAUUUUCUAUUGGGAACUUUUUGUUAUAUAUGGAGAACCUCCCUGUGGAAGUCAUUGGUAAUAUUCUUUCCCAUCUUGGAACUGCUCGGGAUGUCGUUGUUGCCUCUGCAACUUGCCGAAAAUGGAGAGAAGCCUGUAGGAAACACCUCCACACCCUAUCUUUCAACUCUGAUGACUGGCCUCGUGAUCUCACCACUAGGCAGUUGGAGAUUCUCAUAACACAGACUAUAUUCCAGACUAUGGGUUUGCAGUGCCUUUCAAUCCAUAUGGAUAGUGCCCAUGAGUUCUCGGCAGCUCCUGUGAUCGCUUGGCUUAUGUAUACUAGAGAAACCUUACGGAGUCUAUCAUAUAAUGUCCGUACGACUCCAAAUGUAAACAUUUUGGAGAAAUGUGGCCGGCAGAAGCUGGAGAUGUUGGAUUUGGACCACAAUACUAUUACUGGGGUUGAGCCAAGUUACCAGAGAUUUACUUGUCUCAAAUCCCUUUCCUUGAGACAUGUUAGUAUCUCAGCUUUGGAUCUCAGCCUAUUGCUUGCUGCCUGCCCAAAAAUAGAGUCUUUAACACUUGAUACACUAGAGAUUGUAACAUCUGAUUCACAAUCUACAAUGGAAUUGAGCAGUCAAACACUGAAGAGUAUUUAUGCAAAAUCCAUAGGCGUGGAUAAGAUAGUACUGGAAGCAGAUAAUCUUGAAAAUUUGCACUUAAAUGCAUUAAACCUUGAUCUUUUUGAGCUGAUUGGAAAGGGUACCCUGAAACAUCUCAAGAUUGAUGAUGUCAGCGUCACUCAUUUGGAUAUUGGUGAGAACACAGAUCAUCUGGAGGUUGUAGAUGUUGGCAAUUUUACAAUUGUGUGGCCUAAAUUCUACCAUAUGAUAUCUAGAUCAUCAAAAUUGAGAAGACUCCGGCUUUGGGGCGUGGUGUUUGAUGAUGAGGAUGAGAUUGUCGAUUCAGAAACUAUUGCUGUUUCCUUUCCAUUGCUCAGACAUCUUUCAUUAAGUUAUGAAUUAAGGGAUGGAUUGCUCCAUUAUGGUCUGCCUGGUUCAUCACAAUUAGAGAAUGUGUCGGUAUUGGAACUGGGAUGGACGGUAAUAAGUGAGCACUUUGGACAUUGGGUUUUUGGGAUGAUUGAAAAAUGCCCAAACCUUAAGAAGUUAGUCAUCCAUGGUACUCUUUCUGAGGCCAAAACUCGUGAAGAACGCCAGAUGUUGGCCAAUUUUACCUCAUUCAUUGUUCAUCUCAUGAGGAAAUAUGUAGAUGUUGAUGUGCAGUUUGAAUAUGAAUGAGAUUCCAAAGGUGAUUUGAUCAGAGUUCACAUCGUAAUUUAUCUCAGCCUUUGUAACCAUUACAUCAACUUCAGAUGUGUGAUAUUAGCAUUUGGUCACUCGCAUAUCCGCCAAUGCUCUCAGUGCCGGUAUUGUGUUCUUCAAUGCAGUGCAUCUACGGUGGGAACAAUCUAGCUUCCACAUAUGUGGCUGAAGAAUUGUAUACUAUUUACAUAAGCUUAAGGUUGAGGAAAGAAAAGUACUAACCGGAUCAUUUUCUCGGAUGGGAUGCUUGCAUCGCCUGCUGCUACUGCCAGAGUCUCUAAAGUUGUUGCAUUCAUUAAGUCUCUUGGAGGCGUCCCAAGAAAUGAACAGAAACUGCCCCUCAUCUGAAAUGUCAUAUUGCACAAGAAUUUGCUUUCUCUAUCGCCACAUCUAUUUUAGUUGGUCUUUGAUGUAUUUCAUAUAAACUAAUGGAGGUGGGCUUGCUGGUUAUCAUCUCGAGUUAUUGCAGAUGCAAGUCAGAGGAUAGAGCACUUGAAUCGACAAUUUUUUCCCAUUUUCUUUUGCAA